GAGAUGGUGUUCAAAAAGCGGCGCAUCUUCGAUUUGCGGCAAGUUCAGGCCCAACAGAUGGCCACCAACACCGCCGGUCAGCGACGCAGUGAUCUCAUCCACAAUCAGCCGCAUAAUUCGUUCUUACCCAACGACCGCUUCCGCCAGAUCGGUGAAUGGUUCUCCGAGAACAUGCGCAACUACUGCCAGACCACUUCCCUCCAUGGGUUCAGCUACAUCACCCGGCAGGACAUUAGCCGCCAUGAGCGAUACUUUUGGCUAGUGGUUGUCAUUCUGGCCAUCAUCACCUCGAUUGUGUUGGUUGUGGUGUCCUGGUAUUGGAGUCAGGAAACCCUAACGGUCACCGUCAUCGAGAGCUCGCACUUCCCCACCUGGAACAUUCCCUUCCCGGCGGUCACCAUUUGCAACUUCAACAAGAUAUCCAGGAUCAAGGCACUCGCCAUGCUGGAUCAAAUGCAGCUUCCAGUUGGCGUUAAUAAAUCAGAGCUGCACAACCUCUUCAAUCUUACGCUGUUGCCCGUGGACAACCUUAUAAGCAACAGUUCGCUGCUGAUCUACGAUCGGAUUUUAAGCCUUAACAACCUCACGCUCACUGGUCUAUCGCAGCAAUUGUCGCCCGACUGCAUCGAGAUGAUCUCCAGCUGCAUUUGGAAGGGCAUCAAUACGCGAUGCGACAGUCUCUUCCAGCGCAUCGAUACCAUGGAGGGGCAGUGCUGCACUUUUAACUACUUUGGCGGUAUCACCAACAAUUUUCCCGAAAAGAUUGCAUAUCAGAUACCCAAACGACCGUAUCGGGUAACUGGCUGCGGCUAUCCCACUGGUCUCUCGGUGCUGCUUAACCCCAUGGUAGCUGACUACUACGGCACCUUCUUCAGUGGCUACGGAUUCCGCCUGCUCCUUCACGAUGCCUACAACUUUCCGGACGAGAACUCGGAGACCAAGGUAGUUACCUCCACGCGGGAGAGCUUCGUGCGCAUAAAUCCGGAGUCCACCUAUGCCACCAACGACAUUCGCCGCAUGGACCUGAGCCUGAGGAACUGCCUCUUUGGCAGCGAGCGGAGCAUUCAUGGCCUGAGGCGGUACUCCUUCAUCAACUGCAUGUUCGAGUGCCGGGUGCGGAUGACCUUUAAUCUCUGCGGCUGCCUUCCGCCGUAUGUCUAUAACAACGGCAGCUAUAAAGUGUGCGGCAUUCUGGAAACCAACUGCAUGAUACAGAGCAAAAGGCUAUUUUCCCAUGCCCUGGCUAAUUUGAAUUUCUCGCUAUCGAUUGUUCGGGAGACGGAUAGCUUUCCAUGCGGUUGUCUGCCGGAUUGCCAGUCGAAUCACUAUGUUUCGGAAAGCACGAUGGGCCGGCUGGAUAUGAGCUACUUUGCCAACCGGCCGUCUUACAGCAAUGCCACGGAUGGGAUACUGCUGCAUGUGUUUUACAGCGAUCUGAUGAGCACCAGAUAUCGAACGGACAUCUUUCAGAACUGGCUGUCCGCCUUGGCUUCAUUUGGCGGUUUGCUGGGCCUAAUUAUGGGAUUCAGCAUAGUGACGGCCUUUGAGUUCCUCUACUUCCUCACCUUUAGACCCAUUUUCAACUACAUCAACAGGGACUAGACAGGCAAAGCUAAACCACUCCUCGC